GGAAGAGGCGUACCUCAACGUGUAACCCAACGUCUUCCGGAAGACUCUACCGGGUUAGGAAGCAAAACAAAAAAAACGGAGACUGCCUCCUCAUCGUUCUCAGCGGCGGCUGAUCGCUCGCGGAAUGCAGAGUUCUGGAGCAAACUAUUUUCGAGGCAGCAACCAAGGCUAUGGGUUCCCCUCGGAUCGAAACCUCGACGAGGGCCCGUCGAGCAUGAUGCAGAACGCGUCUCCCAUGGAGCGCACAGGCAAGCAGGGCCUCGUCAUGGGCGAUGCGGGCAGAUCCUUCCCUGAGAAGCGCAUCUUCAGCUACGACAGCCCGCGCGAGAUGGACUACAUCGCCCCCAGGAAGAAGAUCUACGAGUACCAGGACAGCGACCACGUUGCGUCGGUCGACUUGAAGAAGCAGAUGGGUGACUAUCACGGCAUGCCCAAAGCGAGUCAGGAUUACCACAUGAAAACCGGCCCAGGCUACGGUGGAGGCGGCAUGGUUGGCCGCGACUAUGCUCACGGUUUGUCGGGAAAGUCAUCGUCAGACUACCGCGUCCCCGGCAUUGCGGAGCGCGGCGAGCACGUGGAUUCGCGGCGCAUUGGCAAUGACUACUACAAGGAGCGGGUGCAGCCCAUGGGGGGCGACCCGUACGAAGACUUGGACCCGGGCCCCAUCCGCGGACGACCCAAGAGCCCUGGCGACUUCAACACACGCAAGCACGUGGCGCCGAUGCACUACGACGCGCCGAGACCCGUGGGCGGUGACCGCUACGACAAGCCCAAGUCUGCGCGUGUUGAGCCGUACGACGCGCGGCGGCCCCUGGGCGGCGGCCCGCACGAUGGCGGCCGCCAGGUCGGUGCAGCAUACGGCAGCAAGCCGCGCAACCCGAGCCCUCCUGACCCACAACACUACGUAUCGGUGGUGUCGGGGGGCCACGAUCGCUACAACCAGAGGGAGCUAAGCCCGCGGCAGGCCUUCCAGGUCAGGCCCCGCAGCCUCGAGACGUAUGGCACCGUGCAUAACCCGAUUCGGCGGGAGUACACGCCUGACGGGGGCCAUGAGACCAGGCGGCACGCAAUGCAUCAAGAGCCCGACCAGGAGUCUUUCUACCACAGCCCUGAACUCUACGACGAGCACCAGUCACCACUUCCUCCCGGCCCCGGCAGGGUGGGUGGCGGCGGUAGUGCAGCGCGAAGGCUGGGCCCGCCAAGGGACCGGGACCCCGAAGGGUUCCAGCGACCGAGAGACCGGGACGAGCGGCACAUGGAGGGGUUCCAGCGGCCUGGGCCACGUGGGGAUGACCGGCAGAUGGAGAGGCCGCCCCCCAUGCGGAAGCCCUCGAAUGCCCCCCCGCGAGAUGGAUAUGGGUACAGGGGCGAUCGACCGCUUGCGCAACACGGAUAUGAGCCCUCGCGUGGUCCGCCGCCCGAGAGACCGAGGGAAGACCACUCGGACAUGACUACAGAUAUGCUGAGGGGUAUGGUGGACUUAAUCAAGUCUGGGAAGCUGCCCAUCCAGCCUCACCUAGAACCGGAACGGCGCAGCCACAGGGAGCGCAUGGUGGAGCCGAGAAUUGACUCGACGGUGGAGGCUGCGUCGAUCCUACGGGAUGUCGUCCACCUGCUCAAGGUGGAUAAGAUGAGAGGUGGCAUGGACCGCCCAUGUUCCCCUCCAAGCCCUCCACCGCACGGGUUUGGAUCUCCCCAAGGUUCUUACGAUCCCCGCUCUGGACCCGGCCCCUCUGGCUAUUUCGGUCGGCACGACGGUCACGGCAACCGGGGACCUCCCCCGGUCCCCCAUGGUGGGCCGAGAAGACACGACAGGGGCGGCCGAAUGAUGGGCCAUGGUCCUCCUGGGUCCCCCCCUGAUAUGCGGGGGGGCCGACGCAUGGAUGCCCCUCAGUCGGGUCAUUAUCCUCCUCGUGGAAGAAGUCCCUUCCGGAACGAGCGCAACAUCCCUGGGCCCGGCGGCAAUACAAUGCGAAUGCCCAUGAAACGAAGGGAAAUGGAUCAUCCGAUGAUGCCGCAGAACAAGCGCAUGCGAAUUCAAGAUUCUGCGCAAGGAUACGGUACACGAGAUGAACACGGGGUGGAAGACCGCUACUGGAUAAAGUGCAAGUAUGGCUGCUCGCUGUGCAAGUUCUUCACGUACGACGAGAAUAUCAUCAAGGAGCACAUGACGGGCGAAAACCACCGGCGCACGCUGCGUGUCGUGGACACCCUCUUCCCCAACGACAAACACAUCUCACACUUUCUGCAUAAAAAAAUUGAGUACAGGAAUAGCAAGAUAGUCCCGAUGACUCGCAAGAGAUGGGAAGAAGACAACAGCCGGCCAUUCAACGAACUGAUUGAUGGCAUAACGCUGCCCGAAGGCUGGAUACGCACGGAGGUGGUGCGCUGUCUCGCUUGCCGCCGCUUCCUGCUCCGGGACAAGCUGGAACUGCGGCGCCACAUCGCCUCCAGCGUGCACGCCGCUUGCUACCAGACGUUCACAAACGAUAAGAAGAAGGGCAUUCAGAGCAUGGUUUUCCAGGUCUACGACAGUGCCACCAUGGCCCACCGCUUCCAACGCUUCAAGCGGGGUGAAGACGUUUUUGACGAGGGUGAAAUGAACGUCAAGAAGGACAACAGCAAGUUGAAAAAAGAGGAUCCAAAAGCGAAGAAGGAUACCAACAAGAAGUCCGCUCCCGCAGUCGCGGCCGCGGAAACAAAGGUCGUCGCUAAAAAGGGUAAAGCAGAUCUGGAGAAAUCGGCCAAGAAGAACCCCACGGAGCACAAGGAGUCGGCGGAUGGCGUCAAGGUCAAGACGGACGCAGACGGGAAACGGGAGGGUGAAACGGAGGCAGUCAAGGACGACAAGGAGAAGGGUGCAACGUCCGAGACGAGGGGGAAAGAGGAGGGCGCUGCGGCGAAGGAGGAGGAGGAGGAGACCCAAGGGGAGGAAGAUGACUUGGGAGAUGAUUCUGACCUCUUCCAGGAGCUCAUGGACGAAGACGAGGGCGAGGGAGGGGAGGACGAGGAGGCUGCAGCAGAGAGCGCCGAAGUGGCGAAGGGCACCAAGGAGACCGGGCAGGAGAAGCAGCCCCCCGAGGGAGGGGCGACUGAGCACAGUGACGAGCUGGGAGAUAAGGAAGACCUGGAUUACGAGGAGGCGGAGGAGGAAGACGUGGAGGCUGAGGAGGAGGAAGAAGAUGAACAUGAGUUUGAAGAGGAUGAGGAAGAUGUUGAGGAGGAAAUGGAGGAGGACGAGGAGGGGGGGGAGGAGGAGGAAGAUGGAGGCAUGGGUGGGGACAAGGAAGACUGUUUGGAGGGGCUUCUAGAUGAGCAGGGUGACGAGUUUCAGGAAACGGAUGCCCCGACCACCGCCACGACCACAGCCACCACCACAGCCACCACCACAGCCACCACCACCGCCACCACCACAGCCACCACCACAGCCACCACCAUAGCCACCACCACAGCCACGACCGCUACGAAGAAGGGGAAGUAAUUGUCGGUCUUCAGAAACAAGCGCCUGUUACUCGGUGCCAGCCUUAUAAAAGCUGCAUUAUCGCCCCAAAAGAGCCCUGCUUUUAACCCGACAUGGAGAGGCGCUGUGUUCAUUGGACCAAGUCUUCAUAUUCUCCGAGCGUCGCGUACGAAGAGAGUGGUGCCAUAGGGGUCAUCGUUACUCUCAGCCGUAUGAGCGGCGUGCACGCGACACGAAGCCGAGUCGUAGAUGGGGAUUUGGUGUUAGAAUUGUUUGGCGUCCAGUGCGACAUUUAUUCUUUUGGGGAUCGUAGGAAACCCAUGAAUUCACAAUUCGAGGCAUGCAUUUCCUCAGAAAAUGUGAAUGUUUUCCAAUCCCCCCUUUAAAAUAUGCUCGUCCUAUUGAGAAAUAAAUGAAAUUAUAGUUUUGAUUGCAGGUUGGUAUUGGGUUAUGCUAACGUUUCUAGGUUUGAAUCCUGAACUACAGCUGUAUUCGUAAUUGCCGAGGCUUGCAAGACAUCCUCGUUGAAAUAACAUUCAUGCAGGAGGCUUCGACUAUUAGUUUAUUAUGAAUCCUUAAAAUUGUAUUGGAUUAAAAGCGCAAUCCUUUACAAUGCCUCGCGAUGCGUGAAUUCCAAUCGCGUGUUUGGUUGCCGUCGGACCCAAGUUUUAUGUUGCCUGGUCUAAAAACCCCAAUAUUUUCUCCCAGCUGUAAUCGGACAGGUGUGAUGCGUGAGAGCAAUAUGACCGCGGUUAUUCAACAGCCUUGUAAAUUUCGAUUUAAAGCUUUCGUGACUGCAGGGAUUCAUCUUCUUGGUUCUUUCGGUAAAGUCACGUUUUAUUACUUCCCUUCUACGUGUCUUUACCGACAGAACCAAGAAGAUGAAGCCGUGUAAAUGUCGCGUUGCAUGCCGAUGGUACCACAGCACCUGCGACCGUCAAGGUCACUGAGCAAUGCAGAGGUUCUGGGACAAUUGCGAAUUUCAUUCUCGGGCGUCCUGGCCCCCUCCCAACGUUAGCAGUGAACCCCCCAUGAAAGUCCACCUGUGUGCUGGUUACAUCAACACACUUUUCCCGUUUGUAUGGCAUUGAUAAGACACGUUUUACUGGUAGGAACGAAGUGAACCAGCCUACAAUAGAUUAUAUCGUCCGUCCGUCCGAUGUCCGAUUAGGUGUAGCAACAUCGCCCCCUACUGCAAACAUUUGGCAGGACCCUACAAAAACCUUUAGACUCAGUGAGGCUUUCCUGGCUAAACAAGUGUAACAUUCCCUUAUAAUUCCCUGAGAUAGUUUUUUAAUUCCCUGAGAUAGUUUUUAAUUAAAACAUUUAAAUUAAAAAUUAACUCAUUCCCUGACAUAGUUUUUAAUUAAAACAUUUCAAUUAAAAAUUAACUCACAGCGGCCUAAAGCCUACAGCUAGGCCUAAAGCCUAGAAAUAGGCCUCAAACUCUCCCUUCGUAUCGUACCCCCGCGUGUGUGAAAGGGAGUUAUGUUUAACAAUGUCACAUUCCCUGAUGUUUUUAAAUAGAAACAUUAACAUUUAAAGCUUUUACAUUAAUAAUUUAAAAUGUAAAUUAAUAAUUAACUCACAGUGGCCUACAGCUAGGCCUAAAGCCUCGAACUAGGCCUCAAACUCUCCCUUCGUAUCGUCCGAUUCGGUGUAGCAACAUCGCCCCCUACUGCAAACACUUGGCAGGACCCUACAAAAACCUUUACACUCAGUGAGGCUUUCCUGGCUAAACAAGUGUAAUAAUAAAUUAUGUUUUAUUCCUACCAGCCCACCCCGCAGGGACCUGUUUGUUGGUUAAUGGAACCGGUGUAGUGCGUAAAUGUACACUGGUUGACGGAAUUCGAUUAAUUUGAAUGUAAAUGGAAAGUGAUGUUGGGUUGGGAUUAAUCUCAAUUGUGUACAGCUUUGUCCUUGGCAUGUACGUGGUGGGGGUGCGUGUUCGUUUUCCAUGAAGUCUGAUUGUGGCGAGCAACGCCUGAACUCUGCCCCGUUGUGAGCCGCCACUGCACAGCCUUCAACAGCACUCGUGAUGUGAAGUAAACGCAUGGGCCGGUCUUGGUUACGCUUGCUUCGCGCAAUCGAAAUUGGCUGAAAAGUUUGCCCCCAGUUCGUGUUUGAAAUGUUUAUUCCCACGUGGAGUAUGCCACCCAUGUCGGCCCUGUGCCAUUUCAAGUGGGAUUUGCAUGCAUUGUGCAUUCGUUGUCACUCGAGCAGUGCAUCAGGUCGUGGACAUAACACGACGCUGCCACAAUGAUUAGAAAUUAGGCUCAGGCCACGUUGGACUAUACCUCCACGGCUCCUGUCUUGUCCCAUUGUGUCUGUGGUCUUGGCCCCUUUUAGUGUUUCUCCAUUUCAUUCCCUGCCCCCCACCCCCCUUUUCUGAUCAUCGGGGCGUUAUGGUAUUGUACUUUAACAAGGUGUAACGUGCUUGGGUUAGCUUAUCUUGCCCCAUCUCCUGCCACGUCUCUCCCCGAGUCGUCGCCUUCCCGAUCUUCUCUCUGUCCCCUCCCUGUGCCCUAUCCCGUUUACGGCCCUUUCUCCUUACAACUCCCCCUCCACUGGAAUGAACUUCCCUUGUUACAUUAAGCAUUCCCCCCCUCCACUCCUUAACGUUCCACUCUGUCAAGCGCCUUGAGUGAAGGCGCUCCGUAAAUAUAAAUCAGCCCUGCAAUUGCUCCCUAUCACGACUGCUGGUGGAAGGGCCUCCACUGGAGGGCGCUCAAAAGAGCUGUGGGUAUUUUUGUAUUUUGAGUCAGUGAGAGUUACCCACACGUUGGCCUGCACGACUUGUCGAUUGACUGGUGAACCCAUGAACACUGUUGGGUGGACGUAGUUGGGGGGGUGGGGGGGGAUCUAUGAAGCUUCUCUUCAUUUGCUUUGCCGGGAGAUGCGACCGGCGUCCUCUGGAAUGCAAGUCCGGUGUGAUCACCAUUCGCGUCGAGCCGGCAUUUCAGUAAUGAUCCCCUUCACCGCGGGGAUUUAUCCUGCAGAACGGCAGCACAUGGGCAGUGGCGAUUUGUAUGUUUUUCUAUGUCGAUGUUUCGUGUGUACUGUGUUUAUGUGUCGUGCAAGAGUGAACAAGGGUGUCCUUGCAUACCAUGUCGUGUCAAUGUCAAAUGUCGGGUGAUAAUCGGAGCAUGACUGCCUAUUGUUGGAAAUAAAAUGAUUUGGGUACAAAAAUCGAAA